UCCUGUUUUUACUAGAACCAAAACACCGAGUGUGAUAAAGGGGUGAAGAUUGUUUUACACCUGGGCUCCAGUGUCUCAAGCUGUUCAAGGAGACAGUGUUUUGAAGUUUUAUGUGAACUGUUUUUGUCCUCCUGGAGGAAUUAAAAGGACAGGCGCCAUUUUCAAUGCCUGCACUUCGGCAGAUGGUGAUGAGUGAGGAUUAUGAAUUGGGAGAUUAUCCCCGGUGAAGCAGUGAGUCCGGUGCUCGGUGUCUCCUCCGUGGGCGUAUGGAACUGUAGGAGGUGCGAUGUGAAAGGACACAGUCACGUAUGGACAAUGUGGUUACCAUGACGACAGACAAAGCAAGUAGUGGACAGAAGAAGCAGGUCUGUGAGCAGCAGCAAGAAGAUGGAGAGGCUGGAGUGCAAGAGCCUGACCCUAUACAACCCCUUCCAGACAGACCCUCCAGCCCACCAUUAAUUCCGGGAGGCUUGGAGGAAGCUCAGCAGUCAAAAUCACGGCAGCACAACUCGAGUGGGCGUGGCCUCUCACGCCUGUUCUCUUCUAUCCUGAAGCGACGAUCGCAGUGCUCAGAUGACGAGGGGGUCAAGGUGGAACAAGGUCAAGAGAAAGAUAGUCAGUUGGACCCCAAAGCUCCGAUUGCAGACCCCGAACCUGAGCUGCGCAUUGAAGGAGAUGCAGCGCUGGAUCUGCACUCCAUCAGCAGUUCUGAGAACCAGGUUAAAGUGGACCAAAAAGACACAAUCGAGGGUGACGAAUUAAAGGUGGAGAAACAGGAAAAGAAAGAAAAGAAGCAAAAGAAAGAAGAGACGAAUAAACACAGAGACAAGAAAAAGAAAAUGGAGAAAGCAAAAACUAUUGAGAAAAAAGAGAAGAAGGAGAAAAAGAACAAAGACAAGCUGAAGAAAGAGAAAAAGGAGAAUGACUCAGAAGAAGAUAAAGAGGUAGUGGAGCAGCUUGAAGCUGGGGAUGAGGAGGUGGAAGCAGCAGGAGCAGGAAAAAUGGACAGGGAGGGAGAACGAGGGAGAAAGGAAAAGACUGCUGAGGAGGAAGGAAAGGCUCUUAAAGGUCAACGCAGACCCAGGGUCUUGCACUGCAAAGUCACGCUACUGGAUGACACCCUUUUUGAAUGUGAACUGGAGAAACACGCCAAAGGUCAGGAGCUGUUUGCAAAAGUAUGUGACCACCUGAAUCUGCUCGAGAAGGACUACUAUGGCCUUGCUAUCUGGGAAACACAAGCGAUUAAGACAUGGCUCGACUUUACCAAGGAGAUCAGAAGGCAAGUGCGAGGAAUCAGCUACGAGUUUACGUUCAAUGUGAAGUUUUAUCCACCUGAUCCUGCCCAGUUAUCCGAGGAUAUCACAAGGUAUUAUGUGUGUCUCCAGCUGCGCAAGGACAUCAUGAGUGGCCGUUUGCCCUGCUCAUUCGUCACUCUAACGUUGCUGGGUUCUUAUGCACUGCAGUCUGAACUGGGGGAGUAUGACCCUGAGGUCCACGGAACAGACUAUGCCAAGGAGCUCAGACUUAUCCCAAAUCAGACAAAGGAACUUGAGGACAAAGUCAUGGAACUCCAUCGCACGUACAGAACCAUGAGUCCUGCUCAGGCUGACAUGAUGUUCCUGGAGAAUGCUAAAAAGCUGUCCAUGUAUGGUGUAGACCUGCACCAGGCUAAGGAUCUAAAUGGAGUGGAUAUCAUGCUAGGUGUGUGCUCCAGUGGUCUCAUGGUUUAUAAAGACAAGCUGCGGAUUAAUCGUUUCCCAUGGCCAAAAGUGCUGAAAGUCUCCUACAAACGUAGCAGCUUUUUCAUCAAGAUACGUCCAUCUGAGCUGGAGCAUUAUGAGAGUGCCAUCGGCUUCAAGCUGCCCAGUUACAAAGCUUCUAAGAAGCUUUGGAAGGUGUGUGUAGAACACCACACCUUUUUCAGGUUGACGUCUACUGAAGCUGCAACCACACCCAGAAAGCUCCUGGCCCUGGGUUCCAAAUUCAGGUAUAGUGGCCGUACUCAGGCUCAAACACGGCAGGCUAGCUCCAUGAUCAACCGCCCCGCACCUCACUUCAAGCGCUUUGCCGGUAAAAUGGCCUCUCACAGCUUAGAUGGAGCAAUGGUUUCCACCUUGAACAAGGCAGCACGUCCUGUCAGUGCUCCAAUCAUGUCUCCUAUUUCUAUUGGUGAUCCAAGUCCUUCCAUAUUGACAUCAGCCAUACAGGUGGAGCACAAAGACUUGGUGACACCCACAAGUCUACCAUCUCACUCAGGAGAGAACAAGGUUGAGGUAAAAGCAGAGAGCUAUGUGACUGGGAGCUUCAAAAUGCAAAGUGUUGCACUUGAGGACACAUCUGAGAUCAAGAUGGUUCUCCGGCGUGAGUGGCGGCACCGUGAUGCCUUGGCAGUGAAGACCACUAAAGGGGAGAAAAUGAAUCAGCCCCCAGAAGUGACGGUGCGAAUGCGCAAGAAAAGGGCCAAAAAACUGGAGGGUGAAACUCUUUAUACCAGACAUAGUAAUUUAAUGUUGGAGAAUCACUUUGCAUGCACAAUUUAUCUCAGUCAUUCCAAAGACCUGGAUAAGACUCAAUCAGGGAUUAUGCGUCACCACAGCAGUAUCAGCGAGCUCAAGCGCAGCUUCAUGGAGUCUGUCCCAGCACCACGGCCCAGUGAAUGGGACAAACGUCUGUCCACACACUCGCCUUUCCGCACUGCUAACAUUAAUGGUCAGAUGCAGCCUGAUCUGACUCCAGUUGUGAAGACACAUACCAUUACAGUUUCUGAUGUGACCCACUCCCCAGUCAGCGAAACUGCCACCAAUGAGGGCCCGAUAGUGCACACCGAAAUGAAAACCAUUACAUAUGAAUCUGCUCAGCCAGAUGAGAAUGUUGGGAUGCUGCUCAAUGCCCAAACUAUCACCUCUGAGACUUUGAGCACCACAACCACUACACAGAUCACAAAAAUGGUGAAAGGAGGAAUCUCAGAAACCCGGAUUGAGAAGAGAAUUGUGAUUACUGGUGACUCUGAAAUCGACCAUGAUAAGGCUUUGGCUCAGGCGAUAAAGGAAGCGAAGGAACAGCACCCAGACAUGUCUGUUACUAAAGUAGUAGUGCAUCAGGAAACUGAGAUCACUCCAGAGUAACAUUUUACCUUCAUGCAGAAAUCCAUCCCUGAUUCACACACUCACCAGACUGCAUGCUGAAUAUCCAGACUGUUUCCGGGCCUCUCCCCCUGACAGGACAGCAGAUUAACCAGCAGGAUGAGCAUUAUUGAUGACACAUCUCCUGCCUGUUCCACUGCAUUUGACCGUCUACUGGAAUUAUUUUCCUAUAGCACCAUUUUUCUGUAGCACCCCACUCUCUCUCCUUUUCCCUCUCUUUCUCCAGAUUGCAACUAGUUCUUUCAUUGUUCUCAAAUUGUUCUAGUGAAGCGCCGACGUGGCUUUUAUUGACAUUUUAAAUGUAGAUUUUAGUGGGUUUGAUAAUACCGUAGGUUUUUAAAACAAUUUUUCGAGACAUGUACUGUGGGGUUUUGUGUGGGCUUCUUCACAGGACAGCAGCAUCUGAAAUCAAUUUUGUGUCUUUUUUUCUUCUUUUACGGAUUAUUAAUUAUUGUGAACACAUUCUUCUCCUUCUUCUUCUCUUUCUUCUUGUUAAUAAUUAUGAUCAUUGAAAAAACAUGUCUUCUCUUUAGGUUUCACUUCACGUCAACUCAAACUCUUUUGUCACAAAUAGUAUUGUUUAUUGGGACAGAAGAAAGCAGACAAACAGUGAAACUAUUUUUCUGUGUAUUUUCUGUACCCAUUUGUGUGUGCUUUAGAUUCUCCUCUGUUUUUUUUACAUGCAGUUUUUAUGUAAGAUGUAUUUUACCUCUCCUAACUAACAAAUGCGAUGAACAUCAUUUGGAUAGACCAGUGUGCAUGUGCACACACACUCACACGCUGAGACCUUCCAACACUCAGGAUGUGAAUAUUUGCUAUAUAAUUGUUGUAUAGCCAUCAUUUCAUCUCUUCUUCUUGACAUCAUCAACAUUAUGAAGGUAUUCAGAGCUACAUACAUGUCCUCUCUCCUUUAAAGCUGAUGACAGACAAGUGAACGUCGGCUGCGCAAGAGUGUACUUUUUCACCAGCCAUAGGAACUGGUUCAUGUACAAAUCCAGGUGUCUUUGGGACAGUUUUUGCCAUUGACCUCGUAUAAAUCAAAUGAUUCGUACACCUGAGCCCUCCACAUUCACCUCUUAAACAUUGCCCCACACCACUAGGUACACAGAAUUUGCCCAUUAAAGGCAGGGGCCAUUGAUGAGACAGCUGAAAAUAUUUAAUCUGUGACCCUCUGACCACUUUUGCAUGAUUAGAAACUGACCCCUCUUACCCAGUUUGGCAGUAGAAUAUAUUAUCAGGACAAAGUGUUCUCAUCUGUAUUCUGUAUUGUCCAGAAUCUUGUUCUUUUUGUAAAUUGACUAGGCCAGAAAGGUCCCUCAAAGCCUUCCCCUUUUGCAUGCUAAGACAGUGCUCCCCAAGGACGCACACUUUCUGAAUUUUACUAUUCGGAGAUUUCAUUCUGUGCUCGGAAGAAGAAUCAAAGAAAUGAUGGCUGUAUGUCUUCAUGUCUGUGUUGGAAAGUCUCAGCAGUGAUGUGCUAGGGACUUGAAUGAGUACUCAUGCAUAUGCUUCUGGCCAAAUGGUAUAGUUUCAUUUAUUCAUUCAAAUACAAUAUUUUACUUAUAGUUUGUCAUUACAAAAUAAAUGAGCAAAUUUCAGGAAUUUCAGGAUUCAGUGUUUUUUGGCUUUACUGUUUAGAAAAUUGAUGGCUACAAUUAAUGUGUAAAACCUGUGCAUAAUAUAGAAUCAACGUUUUUAGCUUAUUCACGAAUUGAUUCUGUUUUGAAUGGUGUAACAGUUUGUGAACAAGCUGAAAAUGUUGAUUCAUUACAUAAUGGAAGCUCUGAACAAUGCUGGAUGUAAUAUCUAUAGCAGGGCCUGGGAGAUUCAGGCCUGUAGCAGCAGUAAAUGAGCUUGAAUCUUAGUCUUUCUUAGGAGUUUGGAUGAUCAGUGGAUUAUCACUCUUUAAGCUAAUGUGCCAGUGAAUUUACUCAAAAAACGGCUUACGGGAUUGGAUAAAGUCAAGAGCAGCCUGUGGCUCCAAAAGUACUUUUUCACACAGUACUGUUUACAUCAUAAUGCUGCAUUUUCUUUCCAUUACAGUAAAGCAAAAAAAAAAAUGUUUAGCAUUGGCUUUAUCGUCUUUGAAAUACUUUCAAUGAACAAAUACUACACAACCAGCUCAGUGUUUUUUUUUGUUAUGAACAUUUCUGGUCUGUUCAACCCCUAGCAUGUGCACAUGCACACUUUAUACUGACCGCCCCUGAGCGUUAGAGAUCAAAAAAUGUGUUCACUAAACCUCAAAUUAGCAGAAUUAGAGUCGUGUUUUGAUUAAAGCAACUCAAUGGUGCUCAGUGUUCCUUGUGUAUAAAAUCUUUUCCACUAUAAUUUAUGUACACACCUUGGCCACUUGUUAUUCUGACAUCCUCUAUUUUUGUCCUUUCUGUUGCUGCCCCUGAAAAUGAAUUAAAAUCCAACACAGUUUUUUUUUAUAUUAUGAUAUAAAUAGGAUUUUGUAUUAAAAAAGUGUUAUGUACUUUUCAGUGUUUUGUCUUUUCAUUGUGAUGCUCCUACCUUUCCACUCCUUGUAUUUUACAAUUUUAAUGUAAUUUUUCUAUUCCUUCUUAUUUAGCUUGUACACUGAAUAAAUUCAAAUUCAGUCCCA